AAAAAGAGGGCAGAAUCCCAAAAGCGCAUAAACCCCGCAGCCCCACGCCGACGCGGUUCGAUCGAUCUGGUGCUUCUCCGCGGCGCACGUCUUCGGAACGACUCCUCGAGAGGGUUCGAAUCUACCGUCGCGUCGAGGGGAAGAGAUGGUGCUGAUCGAGCUGGAGCCGGAGCCGGAGCCCGAGAAGGCGACGCGCCCCUCCCCGCCGGUUCCCGAGGAGCAGGGGGCCGCCGAGGCCGCCAGGGAGGCGGCGCGCGCCUCGUCGCCGCCGGCGCCUGGCGAGCAGGCGGGGGCCGCGGCCGGCGGGGAGGCCCCGAGGGCGGAGGAGGAGGAGGAGGCCUUCGAGGACGCGCUCACCGACGAGCAGCUGCGGGAGAAAGCUAGAAACCAAGCAAAUGAUGCAAAAGCAGAAGGAAACAAGCUUUUUGGUGCUGGACGAUAUGAGGAAGCAUUAUCUCAAUAUGAAAUUGCUUUGCAAAUUGCUGCUGAGCUGGAAUCUUCCGAGGAUAUACGUUCUGCGUGCCAUUCAAAUCGUGCUGUAUGCUUCUUGAAGUUGGGGAAACAUGAUGAGACGAUUAAAGAAUGCACAAAAGCACUUGAGCUCAAUCCAUCAUACAUGAAAGCCUUGCUCCGGAGAGCAGAAGCACACGAAAAGCUGGAGCACUAUGAUGAAGCUAUUGCUGAUAUGAAAAAGGUUAUUGAAUUGGAUCCUUCAAAUCAACAAGCCACGAGGUCACUGCUCCGGCUUGAGCCCCUGGCAGCUGAGAAAAGGGAAAAGAUGAAGGAAGAAAUGAUUGCGAAGUUGAAAGAUCUGGGGAAUUCGGUGCUGGGGCGCUUCGGGAUGAGCGUUGACAAUUUCAAAGCUGUCAAAGAUCCAAACACAGGUUCCUACUCCAUUCAAUUCCAGAAGUGAACACAUGGUGAAGAAAUACACAGAUGAAUAUCGGUGGGAGGCAUAUUUCAGUUAAUGGAGUCACUGGACUCGUCGCUGUAAUUGUCCGAGGCACUUCUGCAUCACAUACAUGGUCCAUGUUCACGUAAAAUCCUGCACAUCGAUCUGAACAUAAGCGAUCCUUGAAUCUUUUGUUUGCGCUCAUUGCACGUUCGAGAUGAUUUCCCCCGUCCGCGCGUGCGCGUCAUCCAGCUAGCUCGGUGCACCUUGGUUCGAUGGUACUUUCCUCUUCCGCCCUUAGAAACCGGUGGAGUGCGAACUUGUAUGAUAGUCACUUCGAACUCUUGUAGUUUCCUCGAUACAAGUCGCUUGUGAUGAAAA